UCCAGGCGCAUGGCACCCGCCGCCCAGUCGCCGCGGUGGCUGCCGGGAUGCGCCGCAGCGAAUGGUCGCGUCGGGCGCCGCUCUGAGUGACCUUUCACCCGCGCCCAGCGGUCCCGGGCGGCGGCACAAGGCGGAAGCCAUGGCGGAGGCGGCGGCUGCAGCGGGCGGGACGGGCGCGGGCGCGGGCUCCGGCUCCGCAGCGGACCGGGAUCGGGACCCGGAGCGGGACGGCGCGGGGAGGAGGCUGCGGGUUUUGUCGGGUCAUCUGCUGGGCCGGCCCCAGGAGGCUCUAAGUACCAAUGAGUGCAAAGCGCGGAGAGCCGCUGCGGCGGCCACGGCGGCGCCCGCAGCCACUCCCGCCGCACAGGAGUCGGGCACCAUCCCCAAGAAGCGGCAAGAAGUUAUGAAAUGGAAUGGAUGGGGAUAUAAUGAUUCCAAGUUCUUCUUCAAUAAGAAAGGACAAGUUGAGUUUACUGGGAAAAGGUAUCCUCUUAGUGGCAUGAUUUUGCCAACUUUUAGAGAGUGGAUCGAAAAUAUCCUUGGAGUAAGUCUGGAGCAUAAAACUACCUCUAAAGCAUCCUUAAAUCCUAGUGAUACACCUCCUUCUAUUGUAAAUGAAAAUUUUCUUCAUGACCUUAAGGAAACUAAUAUUUCAUAUUCACGAGAAGCAGAUGAUCGAGUAUUUAGAGCUCAUGGUCAUUGUCUUCAUGAGAUAUUUUUGCUCAGGGAAGGGACAUUUCAGCGAAUUCCUGAUAUAGUUUUAUGGCCAACAUGUCAUGAUGAUGUAGUUAAGAUUGUGAAUCUAGCAUGCAAAUAUAACCUUUGUAUUAUACCAAUUGGUGGAGGAACAAGUGUUUCAUAUGGCCUGAUGUGUCCUGCAGAUGAGACAAGAACAAUUAUUUCUUUGGACACCUCACAAAUGAAUCGAAUUCUCUGGAUUGAUGAGAAUAAUCUGACAGUUCAUGUAGAGGCUGGCAUAACAGGACAAGAGUUGGAAAGACAGCUUAAAGAGAGUGGUUAUUGUACAGGUCAUGAACCAGAUUCCCUGGAAUUCAGCACUGUGGGAGGAUGGGUAUCUACUCGGGCAUCAGGCAUGAAGAAGAAUGUCUAUGGCAAUAUUGAGGACUUGGUGGUUCAUAUAAAAAUGGUAACACCUAGAGGUAUAAUAGAAAAAAGCUGUCAAGGACCUCGUAUGUCAACAGGCCCUGAUAUCCAUCACUUCAUCAUGGGAUCUGAAGGAACUCUUGGUGUGAUAACAGAAGCUACAAUAAAAAUCAGACCAAUCCCUGAAUACCAAAAGUAUGGCUCAGUAGCUUUCCCCAAUUUUGAACAAGGAGUAGCCUGUUUAAGAGAAAUUGCAAAACAGAGAUGUGCUCCUGCAUCUAUUCGUCUCAUGGACAACCAGCAAUUUCAGUUUGGUCAUGCUCUUAAACCUCAGGUUUCCUCUAUUUUUACAUCAUUUUUGGAUGGAUUAAAAAAGUUUUAUAUUACAAAGUUUAAAGGAUUCGAUCCAAAUCAGCUAAGUGUUGCUACAUUACUGUUUGAGGGGGACCGUGAGAAGGUUCUUCAACAUGAAAAACAAGUGUAUGACAUUGCUGCAAAAUUUGGUGGAUUGGCAGCUGGAGAAGAUAAUGGACAGAGAGGUUAUUUGCUGACCUAUGUCAUUGCAUACAUUCGAGACUUGGGUUUGGAAUACUAUGUUUUAGGAGAGUCUUUUGAGACUUCUGCUCCUUGGGACAGGGUUGUAGAUCUCUGUAGAAAUGUAAAAGAAAGAAUAACAAGGGAAUGCAAAGAGAAGGGUGUUCAGUUUGCUCCUCUUUCUACAUGCAGGGUGACGCAGACUUAUGAUGCAGGUGCAUGUAUCUAUUUCUACUUUGCCUUUAACUACAGGGGAAUCAGUGACCCACUGACUGUGUUUGAACAAACUGAGGCAGCUGCUAGAGAAGAAGUCCUUGCUAAUGGAGGGAGCCUGUCACACCACCACGGAGUGGGCAAGUUACGGAAGCAGUGGCUAAAGGAAAGUAUCUCUGAUGUCGGCUUUGGGAUGCUGAAGUCUGUCAAGGAAUAUGUGGACCCCGAUAACAUCUUUGGAAACAGAAACCUUUUAUAAAUCCAUUACUAUUGUUACAAAAAAAUGUUACUUUUUUUUUAAGGUCUUUAACUAUGGUUAUACCAGUAAUCAAAUAUAUCAUGGACUUUAUUUUGGUUACAUUUGUUUGUUGGUUUAAUAUAAGUUUGUUUCAUUCUGUAGUUUGUUUUUUUCUACAUCUAUGGAUUGACAGAUGGUAUUCCUAAAUCUCUCUCAUUGUAGGUGCAUCAGUUUAUAGCCAAAUGGUUGUCAUUUCAGAUUUCAGUCAGGCAGCACAGGCUGCCAGUUGUUAUUUCCAAGGAAGAUGCUGCCAGCUGUUUCGUAUUGAUGCUUCUUGGGAACAAAGGCAGAUUUUGGUGUCAUCUAUUGUUUCACUAGCCUCUUUUUAAAAGAACUUUUCUGGGAAGCAGCUAUCUAGAGAAGGAUUCCACUGAGGAGUGAUACACAUGUAUGUUUUUGAAGAGUGCAUUCAAGGGUGAGUAGGCCACUAAGGGAGAAUACCCAUGAAAGAAUCCAGACAGCCUCUUAUGUAGGAUGCCUUCAGUUCUGUAAGGUGCUUGGCCUACAUUUUUCUUUGAAAUUAGUAUACAGUUAUAAAACCUUUAAAUCAUUAGUAUGAUUUAUUCUAUCAGGGGACAUGUUUUUGUUCUCCAUGUUUCUGUUGCUAAUGAGUUAUAAGUUGUAUUUGUAUCACUGAGAUAACAGAUUUUCCUAAUUCAGUCAUAAUGUUUUAUAAGAAAAGCUGACUUAUCACUCAUUUUAUGAGAAGAACAGGUUUACCGUGAAAGGAAUGCCUUUAUUCAGCAUUUCAUUCUUGUUGCUGAGAUGCAGAAGAAGCUGCAACAGGAGCAGAAGAAGGAAGACUCCUUCCACUGAUUUCUCCAGUUCAAAGAAUUGUUUGGCUAAAGAAACACAGUCAUCAUUCAGCUACUGAAUUUGAAAACCUCAACCGUUUCAAUGACAAAAACCUUUAAAAAAAAAAAAAUUAACCCAAACAUGAUAAAUGUCCAUAUAAAAGCAAAGUUUCAAUUUAAUUUUUAAUAACGGUUUAAUGCCUUUUUUGAAUUACUGGUUUAACCUAAAUUUUUUAAAAAAUAAUGUAUUAAUACACAUACCAUAAUCAAAACUUUGAAAUAUCAUCUUUCUUAAUAGUAGGCAGAACAUUAACCACAUUUAGCAAACAUUUAGCAAACAUUUUUACAUUCAAACCUGAGUAUUAAAAUAAAUGAAAUGAUUACUUUGAAUCACUGUCUGUCAAGGUUCAUGAUUCAUAUUUUGAGAUGGAUUCUUUUCUUAAUGCAAUACCUAAACUUUUGAUAAUUUUUUUAAAAUUAAUACUUGAUCAGUUAAUGUAAGUCAAAAUGCAGACGAUCCUUCAAAAGGACACACUGUCUGUCUAUGUAGCAACAGCUCCAAAGUAUUUUUGGGCAGUUUGAUACCUUUUAUAUCUGAAGUAGCCUUAACCAGAAAAGUGAAAAAUCUAAAAUUGACAAAAUGAUAUUUUUAAGACUUCAAAAUGAUAGUAAUUUUUAAUAAGUAAAAUUGGCCUCAAACUAAUCUGUAAUCAAAUCAAAAUGAAACAUAAGUUAACAACAAAAACUAAAUAUUUAUUUAUUUGAAGCUGCCUCUCUUCAUUGGUGAUUUAUUUUUAAUUAUAAAAUUUCCAGCAGAUCUUUGCUUAAAGCCCUUGAUAUUUGAAAUAGUUGGAUACUUGAUGAGGAAAUUUACACUUGCCUCUAUAACUAUAAAUAUUUCAGCUUUAUAAAAUGCAUCUAUUCAUGAAGGUGAUUUCUCUAAUUGGUGAUCAGAAUGUAAAAUUUAAUAUGGUACUAAUAUCUCACUGGAGUGUAUACAUGUUUCUGAAUAAUUUUUAAAAAAUAAAACAGUUCAUAAGCAGAUCCAUUCCUUUGCACGUGAUUGUUAUAACAUUCUUUCCCAGGGAGUUCAGAUUUUAGCAGCCUCAGAAUUAGGAAACUAUAAAUAUAAUACCUGAAAUUGUUGGAUUCACUAUUCUACAUGAACCUUAUGGAAAUUGGUGAUUUAUGCUUUUGUUUUCCAUCUCCCAUGUAGGCAUAACUCCCCAACCUUGAUUUUAUGGUGAUGACUACAUUUUAUAGUUGGAAUUGUUUCUACAGAGAUCAUUUUGAAACACAUGAACACUCGUCUUUACUGUUUCUCUGAUUUAGUAAACUAGAAAGCCUUUCCCUGCUUUCACAUACCCACUUCUGAGAGGUGCCUCGGCAUUUACUUAGUGUCUCUGGAGAGCUGAGUUCUUGAUGGCAGGCAGAAGCACUUAAAACCUUGCCUUCUAUUUCUGAAGUAUCUGAAUAUGGCUACAUAAAAGUUAAAGCCAGGGGAACCUUGUUUAUGUGAGGCUUCUUGACUCAUUUUGAAUACGUUUCUUUAUGUAGCCUGUUUGGUUCUCAGUACUGCAUAACACCAACUUGUCUUUCUUAAAUUAGUCAUAUUUCUAAUAUUUUAUUUGAUGAUGUCACAAUGUGUUGGGGUUUUAUUGGGAAUGGGAACUUGCUGCUAGUGAGAAAUGGCAUUAAAUACUAAAGACUCAGUAUGAACAGACUUCAUGGACCCUUAGAGAAACUGUUGCCUUAAUGUUUGGUGCACUUUACAGUAAGUGAGGUUAGUCUUAUGCUGAGUAGCAUGAGCUUUUUUUAGUUUAGUAGGAAUUGCAGAGCCACAUGUUUAUUGUGCCCAGCAUUUUACCACAAACAAAGAGGAUUAAUUUCUUUCCUCCGGUGAGGAAUUGGGAGUUUUCCUCCUAAAUGCUAACUUAUUAUAUAGUACUGUUACUUAAAAGCUAUAUAGGAAGCUGGAAGCCUUGUAGUAUACAUAACUGUGUUAAUGUAUUUUGGAAAACAAAAGCACAAUGAAAGAUGAACUUCCAUCGGUAUGUGUAUUAAGCCAGAUAAUGGUUGCAAAAAAACCCCUUUUUCAGAAUAUUCUCUUAUUAACUCCUAAGUCCUAGCUUGCAUUUUUGAAAAUGACUUGCAUAUUGGCUCCACAGAUUUUCCAUUGUCAUAUUCUUUUAUAGUUACAGUUUAUUAACUGAGCUAAUCAGAGGAGCCCUUGGCCCCAAGCUGAAGCCUGUAACUUUGGUUGUUAGAAUGGACUAAGUUUGGUUGAGCAUCUAUCCUGUGAAAACAUAGAAUCCAAAUAGUUAUUAUGGAUCGAUUAACAGGCUGCUCAUGCUGGUACUUGAAGCAGUCAAGGUGGAAUUCUAUGGAAAGCAUCAUCUUAAAAAUAAGAAACACUGAGACAAGUGUUAACACAGUUUUACUAGCCUCUUAGUUACCACUUAAUCUUUAGCAAUUUUGAUUUUACUUAGGGCUUAGCUCAUGGUGGGAGAAAAACUGAAAAGAACAAGCGCCAGGUUAGGUAGGAUUAAAGAACCCAGAAUUACCUUCCACUUUGUGAGUUAUGGAAGCUUGGCUUUGCUCAAGGCUUCAUGUUCGCAAAUGAGCCACCUGUCAAUAUAUACAUUUAAUCCUUAUUAAUUUCAUAUACAUUGAUGCUGAAAUCCAUAAAGUGUAAAAGAUUGUUUUAAACUAUUGAAAUAUAGUGUCUAACAUGAAAGAUGUAAGUUACUCAGCUUUCUGCUCCCUAAGCCAAACAAUGUUUGUCUUUAACUGUAAAAACUACAUGUAAUGUCAACAGAUUAUAGAAACUUAUAUUAUUAAUAAAAUGGACCUGGGUCUAAGAGAUUUUUUUUUCUUUAAAGGGAAUGUGAAGCUGUUCUUCCAUUUACAUCUGGGUUUUUCUUUCAAUUUUAGUGUUUCAUUUUCAUAUUUCCACCCAUUUGAAAACAUUUUUGUCAUUUUAUUAGUGAGGCAUAAUCAAGUGCAACCUAAAUAUAACUAUUUUUAGCUGAGUAUAUUGUUAGUUAGGUUUUACUACCCUCUAAUUAUUUUGAAUCAAUGUUAUAUUCCUAGGAGGUGUUAAGUCUCCUGUGAACUUGAAGCAUUCCCAUUUGAACCUUGGAAGAUCCUCAAAGAAUGAGCACUCCUGUGCUUUUCUAACCACAACAAUUCCUUAACAAACGUGAGUAAGGACCACUGAUGUAUAGAACACUCAAGCCAAAGAACCAUCACAGAAUUAACUAACUUUAGUUCUGUGAGCAUGAAAAGAUUUCUUUUUUGGUUCCCAAAGGAGAUUGUUUUAUACUUUUUUUUUCCACAAGGAGCAAAAAUAACACAUUAAUUAUCGUGAAGAAUGUUUUUCAAAGAUUCCAACCUUCCAAAUCUGAGAGAGAGAGAAGGAAAAAAAAUGUUUGAGUGUGAUUUCUAAGCAGCAUAUAUAUACAUGUUUUUAAGGCAUCUUACUGUUGGCAGUGUUUUUCCAGAAUAAUAUGAGCACACUAUGAAACAUGUUGUUUAAUCCCUGAAGUAAUCUUGUUCACAUAUCCAAAAAAGACAGGAAAUGCUUCGGGGCAUACAGUUUCUAUAAAUAAUUAUUUUUUGAGCUAUUUAAAGGAUAUCCCCAAAAGCUCAGAGUGCCUUGUUGGGAUUUUUUUUUUUUCUCCAUGAAAUAGCCAUUAUUUAAAAUGAGUGGGAGAGGAUAAGUCUUUAGAGACGGAGCUCGUUUAGCAGUUCAGGGCUAUUCCUCUUCAAGAACACAUCAGGAAUUAAGUAGUUCUAUGUAGAAACACGGAAAAUCCUUUCCACAGUGUGGGUGUGAUCAUCUGUUCUAGCAUUAUUGUGUGGUGGACCUGUGAUCUCACAUACACCUAUUCACUCAGUGAGAUUUAUGUGUGCUUAAUUGCAUUUUCAUUCCUGCUGUCCCAACUUAGUAGCCCUAAUAUGUGGCUUGGUGGAUGUGGCAUACUCACUCAGUGCUGGAGACACUCACCACACGUUUGGGUGUUUGCUCACACAGCUCCGUAAGGAGCAGAACCUGAUUGGGGGCGGGGGGGCGGGGGGGGGGGGGUCCUAUUCCUUAUGUUGUGUGUCCUUUUUUGUGUGAUGGUGCCUUCAGAAUAAUGACUCUUUCUGUUUCUGAACAAUGAUAAAUCUUAUGAGAAAUAUGUGUAGGUUAUAUUUCUUAAUUUUUGUCCUUUUUUGCCUGUGAAAAAAUACCUUGGCUCUGAUACAACUUGACUUGAAUAAUAUCCUGAGUCUUCCUCCAAGGCAGUACCUACUCCUGCCAGUACUGUAGUCAUCUUUUUGGGAACUACAUGUGGAUAAGCACUUGUAUGUAAGCCAUCAUACUGCUGUAACUAAUGCAUACAAACAAUUCUCUUUACAUUGGUAGUCUUAAAAGUGGAUAUGUAGCAGGAAGGAGAAUUCCUGAGAGAGUCCAGCAUAACUUUAUCAAUUCAGACUGAGCCAUACUGUUUUCCCCAAGGGCUCACCACAUAGUCAGUGUACUGUGCUUUCAAGUGUAUGUUUGGAUUCUCCUUUUAUUGCUUUUCUUAGCCUGUACUGUUCUAUAAGCAAAUGCCCAUGUGUGAUUUUUAAGAUGUGCUGGGAAAAAAUAAAACAAUACCAAAACUA